CGACGACCAUAACAGAAAAAUGGCAACCUUUCAAGAAUUCGGGAUUUCACCGGCUCUAAAAAUGGGCAAACAACACACUAUGAACCCCAUGGUGACUGCAACGUCGAUGAUUGGCGUAAAGUUCGAUGGGGGUGUGAUGAUGGCCGGUGAUAUGCUGGGUUCUUAUGGCUCCCUUGCUAGAUACCGCAAUUGUCCUCGUGUGAUGAAGGUGAACGACUCAACCAUUCUAGGAGCGAGCGGUGAUUAUGCAGAUUUUCAAUUCCUGCAGGAGACAAUUAAACAAAGAAUUGUUGAUGAAGAAUGUCUUGACGAUGGCUUCACCUACACGCCCAGAUCUCUCCACUCCUGGCUGACACGCAUGUUAUACCACCGCAGAUCGAACUUUAACCCGUUGUGGAAUACGAUAGUUGUGGGGGGGAUCCAGGACGGUACACCGUAUCUUGGAUAUGUUGAUAAAAUCGGCACAGCAUACACGGGUAGUACCAUAGCAACCGGUUACGGCUCCUACAUUGCACUGCCUUUGAUGCGAGAUGCGGUCGAAAAGAAUCCAAACAUGAGUGAAGCCGAGGCGCUUAAACUCAUCGAUGACUGCAUGAAAGUACUUUUUUACCGCGAUGCUAGAUCAUUCAAUAAGUAUCAAGUAGCAAUCUGCACGGCCGCUGGAGCAAGAAUCGAAGGACCGAUAUCAUCGCAGACAAACUGGGAUGUAGCAAAUGCUUCGCAGGUACAAGAUUAAUGACUGCUUAUUCCAAAGUGGAGAACGUCGAGAACUAUUCAGAACGCUGAAAGGUUUUUUUCGUAGAAUGGAUUUCGACACUGUCUUCAAUUCUGAGGAGAAAGACUUGAAUGGAACAAUGUUUUUUUAAAAAAAAACUUUAUAUGCAGAAAUGUGCUGAAAAGUCUGGAAACUGGAGUAUCACUUAUAUUUGAAUGGACAUAAAAGGAUGGGGCUGCUUGGAAAGAAUUCUGAAGAAAUUCUGUUACUGUAAACAAGAUAUCUCUGCGGGCAUUUGAUCUUAACAAUCAUUCAAGUUGAUAUGAUCCGCAAAAUUACCAAGCAAAUUGCAUUUUUGUCAAUACAUUGUGGAUUGUGGAUUAGUUCUGGAAAUCUAUGCUCGCAAAUUGUAAAGUUUUGCAGUAAAAAGUGGGCAAACGCAGUAAAUCUGUUAUUGACCUCACUCUAAGGUUGUCUCGCCACACAACAGCUCAUUCAUGUUUGGCUCACCGUAGGGGAGUCGAUACAUUACCGCUGCGUCUGUCGUCGUUGUCUGUAUCCUGUUUUAAAAACAGUGGCACGUAUCUGAACCACUUCAGCGAUGAACUGUUCUCCCCUUAUCGACUGCAAAUGACAUGCAAUAACAUUACCCGAGGUGAGCACAAGUGUCCUGGACCAUUUCAUCACGUUGAACAUGAAAAUCCCCAACCUAAGUGAAAAAAUGUUUCUUUCGAUUUCAAACCAUUUUGAGAUGAUCUUGUAAGGAAUGGUCAUAAUCAUAUAUGUAAAAUAGAUUUACCUGAUACUGAUAGUGAUGUGACCAGACAGACUUGCUAUUUAUCAGUAAUAAAAAGUUAUAAA